AGAGACCCAACAAUGAUCUGAACCCGUAAGCUCGUGCUGGGUUUUGCUGAAUGCGCUCCCAUGUUCGGAUCUGUGAUAUUUUUGUAGUGUAGUGUGGUUUGUCCGCCUAUUUUUCGUUACAAAGAGCUGUGAUGGAGGAAUCUUUAGAUGACGCUCCUAUUUUUGUUCCGCUGAGCGGAUUUUCUGUCCGGAACCAACUGAUUUUGGCCUUCUGUGCAACUUCCGGAUCUUUCGCCGUCGGCAUGGCGCUCGCCUGGUCUUCUCCAGUCCUUCCUGUCCUGGAGGCGGAGAUGCACUUGUCGCUGGACCAGGUUUCCUGGAUAGGCUCCUUGAUUGCCUUGGGAGCCCUGUGCGGAGGGAUGCCUGCUGGCUGGAUGAUGGAGCGAUAUGGGCGACGAACCUCCCUGUUAUUCAUAUCGUUGCCGUUUGCUGUUGGCUGGAUCGGCCUGAUGUCGGCGUCCUCGGUUUACCUGAUGUACUCGGCUCGUUUCUUGAUCGGUUUGUGUUGUGCCGGUUGCCUGGUCAUCGUACCCACUUACAUUGGGGAAACUGCACAUUUGUCGUGGAGAGGCAAGCUUGGAGCUUUAAUGCAGGUGAUGAUAGUUACCGGAGUUCUAGCAAGUUACGUGAUCGGUGCCGUACUUCCCUGGCGAUGGACUUCCGUUUGUUGCUGCGGCGCAGUCGCCGUCUUCGCGAUUCUCAUUUCAAGGAUGCCAGAGUCUCCUGCAUUUCUCUGCAAACACGAACGUCGAACCGAAGCCCGUCGAGUCUUGAAAUGGCUCAGGGGUCCGAAGUACGAUAUUGAGCCUGAGUUGCGUGCGAUUGAAAGAGAGGAUUACGAAUCAAAACUAUCCGGAGAAUUCGAAUGGCGGAACAUUGCGGAGCCGGCGUUUUAUCGACCGUUAUUCGUGUCUGUUGCCUUGAUGUUCAAUCAGCAGCUGUCGGGGGUGAACAACGUGAUUUUUUACUCAGCCGCUAUUUUCCGUGCUGCUGGUUCAUCAAUGAAUGAAAAUCUUGCAGCUAUCUUGGUUGGAUUAGCUCAAUUCAUUGCAUGUCUUGGAAGUGCGUCAAUCAUUGACCAUCUGGGCAGGAAGCCAUUAUUGCUUGCUUCAAAUCUGCUGAGUGCAGUUGCCCUUUACGCCAUGGGAAUCUUCUUCUAUUGGAAAGACAAUGCGGAUCAUUUCGGACAGUCUUUCAUAGAUAGCUGGUCCUGGCUUCCUUUAGUGGCAUGUGUUGCAUUCAUGGUCUUCUUUUCACUCGCACUCGGACCUGUGCCGUGGGUCAUGAUGGGCGAAUUGUUUCCUGUCAAGUACCGAGGAACUGCCAGCGGGAUUUCUACCAUGAUGAAUUGGGCAGGCUGCUUUUUGAUCACAAAAACGUUUGCAUUUUUGCAGGCAAGCAUUGGUUUGGGAGUAUCGAUUUUAGAUAGCAAAGAGAACAGUGGGAAUGAUGUCCGCAUUCUCCUGGACGAAGCCAUCGAACGGUCUCUGAAAGUUGCUCCAGAAUAUAUUGAGGUACCUUCUGCCCUUCCAGCAUGGCUGGCGGGCGAACUGGUGUUUCUUGAUCUUGAUAAAAUGCCGCCUGUGAGAUCAGCAGCGGUUUCGGUGCACAACUCCACCAGCACAAUAGGUGCCGUAUGUAAGGAACCUCAACAAAUUAUUGGAGGAAACUUCUGUCGGCAGCUAAGUUUGCGUGUUUUACGCGAACGCCUCCCUUCAAAAGACGCUGCUGUAUGCGCGAGCAAACGUAUACUCAGUGACAGCGCCUCAGCAUUCGGAAGGAAGAUGAAUGAUGCUCGUGUUGUUCUCGGAACAAUUUCACAAAAUCACGCGCAGACGCUGAAACGCACGACUAAAAGAAGAAAACAGCUGGUUGAAUCGCCGUGUACUCCAGGAAAACGUAAAAGCCAGCAGAGACGUUCUGUUGAUCUCUAUUCUCCGUUCGGUAUAGAGUCGCCGCUUCGGCGACCUGGACAUUCGUCAUCAUACGUUACUCCGAGAAGGAGGUAUCAUGACGCUGCAUUGAGCGCUGAACGGCGUGCUACCUUGCGUUCAGCCGCAGCGUACCGGAAUGAAGCCUGCAUUGUAACUGAUUCAACGCCGCGGCAGAAACCCCAGCCUCGACGAACAGCUUAUAGCCCUCGUGAAAUGGCUGCUGAUAUCGAUGCUAUUAAUGAUGGAAUACGAGAACUCCGUGCUGUAGCGAAGCGAGUGUCAUCUGGCACCACAAAAUCCUCACUCUUCUCACCUCUGCGCUGAUGAACUGUUCUGAUUUUUGACUUAUUUAUGAUCAAGCCAAACGAAAAUGUAUUCGUGUUUUUUGUGGACAUAAUCGGUCGCAUCAAUCAAAAUGUCACAUAUCUGUGCUUUGAAGCCGUUGAACGGUGUAUUGGUUCAUAUGUAUUUUUGCUAUUUUCCGCGGAAGAUAUUUUGCUGUGGAUUUUUACUACUUCGUACUUCUGGAAAUUGUUUUCUGUCUUUUGCAGAGCGUGACGUCGUGUACGAAGAAAAAAAACUCGUUCCUGAUCAGAUUGCGCUUAUUGUUGAACGUCAUCUUUCGCGAAUUGUAGAAACUACGAAGUAUGUUGCAUGUGGAAAUAUGUCGCUUAUUGGAA